AUGAAUCGCCGGGAACAACGGCGGAAGCGGGAGCGUGAGGCACUGUCGCCUGCGCUCGCUGCCCUUAUCGCCAACGUUUCCCCGCACGAUGAUGCUGCCGCGCCAUUGCGCUAUUUGAAGGGCUUCGCGACGCCACAGCCCGUGGACGCUGAAGGAGGGGGCGUUGUCCACGUUAUCGAGGGCGACGGACUGCGUCGACUCUGCAAGGAGCUCGGGGACGGGAUAUUGGAGAAGGACGUGCUGUCCGUCGCACGCCGGGUGCCGCGCAGCCAAUCGACGCCUGAACGGAUCGAUGUGACGGAGUUGUGCUUUGCGAUUGCUCAGGCGACCGCCCCGGUGAAUGUGCACGAGCGGCGGCGAAAUGUUGGCAGCGCAGCCCCGCUCGAUGAAAACGCCCCGCUGAUAAAGUACUAUGAGAAGGAUCGCUUCGCCUCUCUCCUGGGGGGCGUCAGUCCGGACGAUGCCCAAGUCGAGUGGCAGAAGUUUUUCUCGUGCCUUUCUUCACCACUUCCAAUGACGCUGCGCGUGCACCGCAACGAGCGGGCCCUGCGGCAUAUUGCCCUUGAGUUCCUGUCACACGAUGCAAUGAUGCGUGAGGUGGUGCAACCGAUAACCCCCGUGCUUCCUCCUUGCAUUGGUCUCUACGGCUGUUCCCAUGCCCUCUACCACAAGGAGCCCCGAGCUGAGUAUAUUUGUCGAACGUUGCACGCCGCCAGCGCAGUCUCCUUCCAGGAGACCGUCUCCGUCCUGCCAGUUAUGGUGGCGGACAUCCAACCGCAGCACGCCGUUUUGGACAUGUGUGCUGCGCCAGGAAGCAAGACGCUGCAAGUGCUGGAUGAGAUGUUACAGUACGGGUGGUCCACAUCCUCUGUUUCACAGGGCGUAGUAAUUGUAAAUGAAAAGGAUCGAGUGAAGGCCACACAAAUACUGCCAUCUCGUUUGAAGCGUUUUCACGCGCCAAAUGCGAUCUGCACCCGUUGUGAUGCCUCUCAAUGGCCAAGGUUGUUUUAUUCUUCGGAGGAGGGUCCUUUACUUGCAGAGCGACGAUUUGACCGCAUUAUUUGUGAUGUUCCGUGCAGUGGUGAUGGCACCGUUCGCAAGGAACCGGCGUCGGCUAGCUCCUGGAGUCCUGGCUAUGUCAAAUCACUUAUGCCAACGCAAAAGGCACUGCUACGACGCGGAUUAGAUCUCCUUCGCGAGGGCGGUGUCCUUGUUUACAGCACAUGUAGCAUGAAUCCAAAGGAGGAUGAGGAGGUUGUGUGUGCCGGGCUAGAGUUGUUUGGCGAUACUGUUGAACUUCUCGACGUAAAUGCCAUUUUGCGAGAAAAGGGUGCGGUGCUGCACUCCAUUGGCGGCGUUGUGUCCCCCAACGUGGACCAUUUGCAAAAGGCCACCCUGCCCUCGACUUUUGAUGGCCGAAAGGUUCUGCGCGUUUUGCCCCAUCGUGAUGACACUGGUGGUUUUUUUGUUGCCGCUUUUCGGAAGCGAUCGCUUCCGGAUUGGGCCCCGCCGGUGACGCUGCAUGAGAAGCUGAACCACUGGACGAAGGGAAAGUUUUGGGCCCCUGUAGGCAGGCAGGAUGCUGAGUGGUGCAGUAUCGUUGCAUUCUACGGGAUGAACCCGGACUGCACGGACGUCUUUCAGUACUACAGCACCACGUUGGGGAAGAAGGGCGAGAAACACGUGGGUCGCGGGCUUGUGCCGCUCUACCACUUGAACCCCAAUGGCGCCGCGUGUCGGCGGAUAGUGCUUGUGACCGUUGCCACCGCCCGCAUGCUCUUUGAGACGCGGCCAUACAAAGGGCCAGGCGUAGAGAUUGUCUCCGUGGGCGUCCGCGCCUUUGAGGCGUACGAUGGCAAAUUCCUGCUGAAUGCGAAGUGCCGCUGGAGGGCGGUUGUUGAGUCCGCCUCCUAUCUGGCUCCUUUCAUGCGAACGCGUAAAAUAGUAUUGGAUGUGGCGACUCACCCGGAGCUUGUACGACAAUUGCUUUCAAACGGGUUUGUCUGGUUGCAGGAUUACUGGCGUGUCAUUUUGCACCAGGCACCUGUGGCCACGUCUACUGCUACAACUGCAGCUGCUGAUAAUACUAACACUAAUGAUGAUAAUAAUGAUAAUAAUAAUGAUAAAGACUCUAGUGGUGAUGGUAAAAGGACUUAUUCUGUGGAAGUUGCGGCAGACGCGCUCCCCUUUGUUCGCAGUGAUGGCCCGCUCCACGCGCUUCUCACAUCGACAGCGUGGGCGCACCCAGCUACGCAAGACAUUUGUCAUAUGCUCGCGGAAGAUGUGUUGGUGGGAGGAGUUCUUGUCGGUCUUGCGGGUGGCAAGUUGGCAGGCGAGGAAGGCCAGUGGUGGCUGAGCGCGACACUGAGCAGUUCAAAGCUUGAGCUGGCAGUAGACGCGUCACUUCGCGGGUUUGGUCUUCUUGCCUUUUUAGGUGUUGACUCAAGUAACACGCCGCCACGUGUUGAGGCCCCCAACGCCAAAUGA